AUGGUAGAGUGUGUUCAAUGGUGGAGUGUGUGUCUUUGGUUUAAAUGAUAGGUAAGGAUAAGGUGCACAUAUAAUCUCUCCUCCCCCCUAACCCCAAUGAAACCAAUUAGGUCUGUGAUUGAAUGGAAGUCACUAUAGCAUAGCAGUAGGUUUGUGUCAUUACUGGCAUCCAGUGGGGCCUUGUUGCUAUGUUUAUUUGGCCUGCAGGCCUGUUCCCAGGAAGCCUUGUCACGGACAGUACCUGGCAACAGUCUCAUGGCCCAAUCAGAUGUGGCACUGCCACUGGUAGUGAAACGUACAAUACAGCAUAAAACCAUGUUCUAUUGAGCUGAUGAUUUUUUUUUAUUUAUACAGUUACACCACAAAAUAAAUAAAUAAAUAUGUAGUGCCCUUAGUUAACUCAGCCUGUAGCCCUGCGUCUCCCUACAUCCACAUGCUCCAGUGCGUCAGCAGGUACCCAGUCAUUAUCACCUAAUGACUGAAGGAUAGUUAAUCAUGCACAUUUUCACACCUCAUUACUAUAAAAGGAGCACCAUUACAUUAAUUACUACAUUUACAAAGAAUGAAGAAAAUAUGCAUACAAAGAUGUAAAAGAAUACAGAGGACCUGUAGAGUUUUCUUUCAUCAAACAUGAAUGCAUGUCACAUUCACAGAGUCAAAGUAAUAGAAUCGUGAUGUAGUUCUUUUUUUUUUUUUAGAAUAUGUCUUUGACAGCCAACGCAUCCUGCUGUUCUUUCACAUAAUGAAAAAGAAGGCAUGUGAGGAACAUGGCAGGAAAGUUCUCACUCCUUCUUCCCUGACAUUAAUGGCUGACACAGGCUGUUAAUGCCAGCAGCAUAGCAUGCACUACCAUGGUUACCUGUGUGGAAACCAAGUCAUUAGAGACUUUGACUUCUCCCAUCCCACAUCUCUCUCCCUGGCAUCACAAACAUGUUUACUGACACCACCAAAGAAUGAGUAAAAUGACCACUUAUUUAUUCCUCAAAAAUCAAAGCGAGUGCUGGGCUUCCCUCGUUAAAAUCAUAUUAACCAAAGACUUUUCUCUUUAAUAAUAUACCAAUGCCCAUACUUUAAUAAGAUAGUCAGUUAUAUAAUGACUCACUAGCUUGUCAUGUUCCCACACAUCAUGGCAAAGCAAUGUAGGCUAUCACAUUUGACUGAAUAUUGUAAUAUUCUUGCAAAUAUUAAUGUAAUUUUGGAACAUUCUCACAAUAUCUACCUGCUGGCUGUCGUGAUUUUGUGGUCCAUGAGGGACUGAUGGUGCAACGAGGGGAGGAGAAAGACAGAGCCACAGAGGAUUUAGUCUUUGAGUACGCCCUAAACAGUGACUUAGCAUCAUCUCAAAGAGAAACAUGCACGUACAAUGUGGUCGUUAAAUAUGUAGUUGAGAUUUUGAUCUGUGAAAAAUGAGUUGGAUGUUCUCCAUCUGGGUGGCGACGGCCCUGCUGGCUCUGUGUGGGGGACAACACGCUGUGCAUGAAGGAAAUAGCUUGUCUGCGUCUGGCUAUCAUCUAUGUAUUCACAAUGAGACUAGGAAUGUGAGUUUCCUGGUUAUGCAUACGGUCCCCUAUACUGUGACAAAACCUUGUGGCGGCUGGCUCCUCUGGAAGACAUGUACAGUCACACUUUACAGGAUGACCUAUCAGACCGAGUACAAGACAAUGAUGGAGCAGGUGACCGGAUGCUGCACAGGCUACGUGCAAGUCGGCCAUUACUGUGCAUUGCCUGUAAGCAGGAGUGUUGAGUUCACUGCCAAGCCCGGAUCCUGUCCAUCUGCACAUGGAUUGUAUCCCAGAUCUGAGGACUGUGAGAGUGACAUGGACUGCCCAGGCUGGCAGAAAUGCUGUCAGAGAUCGGGUCGCUCUCUCUGCAGUGAUCCUGCAAGCUCAAAAAAUUAUUCUGAGAAUGGAGGAUACCGUUUUAAUGCAACAGUGACAGUGAAGACAGAUUACGACGAACUGAUGUCCAAUGAUAGAGGACAUCUGGAUCACACAAGAUUGCUACAAGCAAUGGUGACUGGAGCUCUGCAGUCUGAUGUUUCAGUUUAUUACCUCAGCUCACAGCCUGUGCAUCCCUACAGAACUGCCACUUCACUACUGAUUGACUGCAACGUUACUCUUUCACUGUACAAUGUCACGUCAAAGCUGCACCAUCUCCUCAAACACAUCCUGGAGGUGUCAUCUGUAACCGUGGAAGAUGUGGAUGAGUGUGAACAGUCUGCUCUCCGUCAGUGCUCCCCUCAGGCACACUGUAACAACACAGUGGGCUCCUACCAUUGUGCCUGCCACCAAGGAUAUAUUGAUGUUGACCCCAACAACCCUGGAGCUCAUUGCACAGCUGACGUCAGGAUGGCGACCACCCCAGAGCCCCCGCUUACCUACCUUCCACCCAUGAACACAAGCUACACCACAGCUUUCAACAGUACGCAGGACCCUCUGGGCAACCGCACCAUGGGUGUCUUCAACUCCACUGAGACCAGCGUGACGACAGCUCUGAUUAAUACCAGCCCCGUCCCUUAUAAUUCAUCAGAUGCUCCCCAGUGGACAGGUGCUGCACCGCAUAGCAGCAUGAGCCCAACUGUAGAGUCACCUCUGCCGACAACCACAUGCUCUCCUCCCAGCAUCACCAGCGUAUGGUUGGCUAACGUGACUGGAACCUCCUUCUGUGUCUGCUGGUCCAGCCAGUUUCAGACAAACCAGACUUACCAGGUUGUUCUAAGCAAGAGGUCAGAGGUCAUUCAUUCUUGGGAAACCAAUCAGACCAUCAUGGAGCUGAGGGGACUGCAGCCUGGGGUGCUCUACAAUGUUACUGUCACUCCUCAGUCCUGCGGAAGCCAAGGAGUCGCCCUUCAUAUAAUGGUCAAGACUGAUGCUCAGACUCUUGAUGCCACAGCGCGACUUACCAACAUCCAGUUCACUACUGAUCUGCAGAACACCAGCAGCCAGGCCUACACAAUCCUCACUGAGAGUAUUAAAGAGGAGAUCUACCAGUCUCUGUCUCCAGAGAUGAAGGCCAUGGUGGAUUCAGGCCAGGUGAGAAUCGAGAUCAGAAGUUUUUCCUCGGGAAGUGUGGUGGUCAACUUCACCAUCAUCUUUGCCCCCAAUCAAAGCCAAGACAUCAGUAAUGUGUCGACAGCUCUGCUGCAUUCCCUGAUUAACAGCACCAUAUACACUGUGGAUAAAAACAACACCAGGACAAAUGAUUUUGAUGAAUGUGCUUCAGGGGAAAAUGACUGUUCCCAGUGGGCAACAUGUACAAACAUCUGGGGCUCCUACACGUGUGUUUGCCUGGAGCGAUAUAUAGACAACAACCUAGGAAGGCCUGGACGAGACUGUCAAGAAAUUGUGUCAACCUCUACUGCCUCAACAACCACCACUACUCUUCCUACAACUUAUUUUACUGCCCCAACUCCCACCACUACUGCCCAAACAACCACCACUAGUCUUCCUGCAACUUCUUCUACUGCCCCAACCCCUACUGCCACUACAACCACCACUGCUACUCCUACAACUUCUUCUACUGCCCCAACCCCUACUGCCCCAACAACCACCAAUACUGUCCCUACAACCACCACUGCUACUUCUACAACUUCUUCUAAUGCCUCAAUCCCUACUACCUUUACAACCACCACUGCUACUUCUACAACUUCUUCUAAUGCCCCAACAUCUACUGCCCCAACAACCACCACUGCUACUCAUACGUCUUCUACUUCCCCUACAACCACCAAUGCUACUAAUACAACUUCUUUUACUGCCCCAACAACCACCACUGUUACUCCUUUAACUUCUUCUACUGCCCCAACAACUACUGCCCCAACAACCACCACUACUACUUCUACACCUUCUUCUACUGCCCCAACAAAUUCUGCCCCAACAACCACCACUACUGCAAUUAUAUCCAUGACUACUACCCCUACUACUACCCCUACCGUCCCCACUACCAACAUUACAGCUCCUGCAACUACCGCUACUGCCCUGAGAACUGCCACCAAUGCCAUCUCUGUACAGUGCAGGGUUGGUGCCAUCACUGUGACAGUUGCCAGGGAUUUUCUUCUGAGUAACAAAAUCAUGGUAGACACCAUAUACUUGGGGUUGCCGGAAUGUGGCAUCAAUGGAGGCAAUACUACCCAUGCCCAGCUGACCGUGGCCUGGGAUGAGUGCCUCACUAUGGUUGUGCAAAAUGAAACCUACUGCACAGCAUCUGUAACUUUGUUCAACACCAUGGAAAUGUACACAUGGUCACCCAAUGGGACAGGGGAGGUACCCAGAAUACGGUUGGAGGUUCCCAUCAUAUGUACCUACAUGAAGAACAUGCUUGUCUCUGUUGACUUCGGCUCCAUGGGGUAUGAUAUGGUCAAAGAUGUUAUCACGGGCUUGGGGUCAUUCCAGGUGACAGUGCAGCUAAUGAAUGGUACAAUGCCUCUACCCCACAACUCCAGCUUGUCCUCUGAGGAGGCUGUGGUGUUGGAGGUCAGCAUCACACCCUCCUCAGAGCAGAUUAAAGUAGUCAUCAACAGAUGCUGGGCCACUCCCACCCAAAACCCUGCAGACCCCGACAGCCACACUUUCCUGGCAAACAGCUGUUCCCUGAACACAUACACCAAAGUGUUGAUGAACGGGAACUCCAGCACAUCACGCGUGUCCGUACAGAUAUUCCGCAUAGUCAACCUGAAUUUGAUCUAUCUGCACUGCCAGGUCCAGAUCUGUGUGCCGAUUAAAGCGCAUACCUGUGUGCCUGACUGUCUACAAAGAACAGCUCCCUCUUCAAACAUAAUUGGAAGAGCUUUGGGUUCCUCCGGGCCUCUGCUGAGGUCAGGUGAAGAGGCCUUGGAGGAUCAAUAUACCACUCUUAACAUAGUUGGACUCUCCUGCCUGGGAGUUGGCCUGUCGCUCUUCUUCAUCAUUGGUUUCAUCUGCCUUUUCUUCUACCAGAGGAACCGCAUUGGACACUACAACUUCAGCGCCAAACCCAAGAAGGAGAACUUCUCCUACCUUGUCUUUAACACCUAGGGGUGCAGCAGCACCCACAACUAAAGUCACAGAAUUGGAAAAAUUGGAUAAAUUCUUAUAGCAGCAGGCACCUUUGGUCGGCUAUUACGCUGCCGCUGCCACUGAGCGGCACUGUUGCACCAUUCACAUAUUAUUUCUCACCAAACAUUGCAAAUCUUUGCACAUUAAACAAUAAAUAAAGUACAGAUUAUUUAUAUUUAUAUGAAACACCCCCCAACACAUAUUUAACCCUUGCGUCAAAGUUUUUAAUAUCAGAAAUAUGGGUUUCUUUGAACCAAAUUGCCCAAAAAUAACAUGGAUGUACGUUAUAUGGAACCCCUACAACAUUUAAACAAAAAUAAUAAUUAUUUUUUGGGUGUUUUAUUCAAUUUU